CCAGACUUGAAGUGGGCCAGCAGACAAACUGAUCAUUGUUAUUCAUCUAACGAAGCUUUUUCCCCUCCUGCUCCAAUCAAGAUGCAGUGCAGCUGUAGCUCUUCAGUAGGACACCUUUCAUCGCCUUACUGGAGUAGAAUGCUGUUCCCUGACUGGGCCUACAAACCAGCCUGGUCGCCCGGCUCCAGACAGGUCCAGCUGUGGCACUUCCUGCUGGAGCUGCUGGGGCGGGGCGAGGGCGGUGCCAUCGGCUGGGGAGGGGAGUGGGGCGAGUUCGUCAUCCGGGACCCCGAGAGGCUGGCCAGGCUGUGGGGGGAGAGGAAGGGCAAACCACACAUGAACUACGACAAGCUCAGCCGGGCGCUCAGAUACUAUUACAACAAACGCAUCCUGCACAAGACCAAAGGGAAAAGAUUCACCUACAAGUUCAACUUCAGCAAACUGAUCCUGGUCAACUAUCCAGGACACCCACCACCACCCGGCCACCAGCUGGUACAGAGCAGCCCUCUUCCCUUUCCUCUCCUCCCCGCUGAGAGUGGUCUUCCUCUGUGUGGAGGAGCAGGGUCAGUGAUGGACAGAGCAGUCCAGCCUGUGCCUUACCCCUUCUUGCUCCCGUGCUGCCUCCCUAAGCCCAUCCCGACACCCCGUGCUCUCCACGGCCACUUCCCCUUCAUCUCUGCCCCUGCACGUCCGGGGGCCAACCUGAGGGAGCUGAGAGAGUCAGGCCUCGCCUCGGCCCUCCACGUCAGCGCUAACGGCUGGCCGCACAAGAGCCCCGCGGGGUGGGAUCUGAACCACAUCAGUCGAAGCCUGCUUGGUGGAGCGAAGCAGGCUGAGACUCAAGGAGAGGAGAGGAGAGCGGGGAAUGUCGCACAGAUGGGGGAGAGAGAGUGAAGAGGAGGGACAAACUACAACAGAUGGACUACUUUCCCUCCUCAAAUCUCUCAAAUACACACAGUUUUUUUAGCUCAUUGUAUAGUACUUUAUUAUUCACUGCCUGUGAUACACAGACUUUGUAUUUAUUGAGUUGGAACAUAAUGUGUGUAUUUUGAUAGAAAUAUUGAAGCUGCUUUCUUCUGUCAGCACUUCAUGCCACAGUUAAGGGAAUUGCACUUGUAAACAGUUAAAAACAUGGCACUUGUGUUUGAGUAAAUAAAACAGUGCACUCAACUUACAUUAUUCAGCUGUUUGUCUCGCAUUCGCCCUCCUUCUUCGGGCUUCAUGAAAAUAAUAAGAGCUGCAUAAAUGAUGCAUUCAAACAGACACUGUGCAAUUGUCAAGUCUUCUUUGCAGCAUCAGGACCAGACGCUUGUGUCUGCAAUUACAUCUCCGACACAUCAGGGGGCAGUAGCAUCUUUAGCAUACCACAAACUUUUCCCCAGCUUUUCCCGGGAGAAAGUCAGAGCUGAGUUGUGUACAAAAUAAAGAGGUUUCACUCUGUUGAUAUUUUCCGGGUAUCCUAAAUCCAAAUCAGUUUACAGGGAAAACUGCAAGAUAGUUUUUUUUCAAAUAAACAUAUUUGUAUCUUAUUACAUUAUUACAUGUUUUUGUACUUUAGGUUUUACCAGUUACGUUUUUUUUUUUUUUUUACUUUAUUUGGUGACUUCAACUGUAUUUAACUAAAUGCACAGGCCUAAUUUCUGGCACACCACAUUCUUAAUACCAGUAGACCUAUGUUAUCUUUCAGUAUUGCAAACAGUAUCAAAUAAAACCAAAAAUAAUAAACUUUUCCUUGAUGUUUACAUCCAUGAAUUACAAUUUUGUACUGUAUUUAAGACUUUUUGUCAGGGAUAACAUGUUUACUUUCCCCUUUUCUUUUACACUGAA